CACACACACACACACACACACACACACGCACACACACCUCACAUUUCUUGUCAGAGGAGGAGCAACAACAACGGCGGGUUACUUUCUGCUUCUCUCUGCUCCAGUGUCGACUGAGGUAUUGUACAGAUAUGAUUUGAGCCUGAGAAGGAUACUCAAAAGCCAGACAACAUGGAGACUCUGAAUUCCUCCCACACCACCAACAUCAGCAGCGGUGAUAACGCCAGCCUCUUCUCUGGAAGCCCGUACACGACUGUGGAGAUUGUACUCAUCAUCCUGGUGGCCGGAUCUCUGAGUCUGAUCACCAUAAUCGGGAACAUCCUGGUCAUGCUCUCUAUAAAGGUAAACAGGAACCUGCAGACAGUCAACAACUACUUCCUGUUCAGCCUGGCAUGUGCAGACCUCAUUAUUGGCCUCUGCUCCAUGAACCUCUACACGGUCUAUAUUGUGAUUGGCUACUGGCCCCUGGGAGCAGUGGUGUGUGACCUGUGGCUGGCUGUUGAUUAUGUUGUCAGCAACGCCUCAGUCAUGAACCUGCUCAUCAUUAGUUUUGACCGUUACUUCUGUGUCACCAAACCGCUCAGCUACCCGGCGCGCCGCAGCACCAAGAUGGCUGGUCUGAUGAUCGCUGCAGCCUGGGUCUUGUCCUUCAUCCUGUGGGCUCCAGCCAUUUUGUUCUGGCAGUUCAUCGUGGGGGGGAGAACCGUGCCGUCAAGUCAGUGCUACAUUCAGUUCUUCUCAAACCCUGCAGUGACGUUUGGGACAGCCAUCGCAGCUUUUUACCUACCAGUGGCCAUCAUGAUCUACCUGUACUGGCGCAUCUCCAAGGCCAGCCGCAGCCGCAUGAAGAAGGACACUAGGAAGCCGUCAGGUGCAAGUCUGGGAGAGGGCCUCUCUCACAGCCAGGAGGACGGAUGUCAGAGCCAGAACAACGUCAUCACAACAAGAGACGCUCAGGUGGAGGCUGGAGAUGUGAAGGAGAAGGAAAUGUUGCAGCAGGAGAAUGGAAACAGGCCAAGUCAAGAAGAAACAACCAAACAGGCAGAUUCCCCAGAAGUCAGAAACCACGAUUCAGAAAGUAAAGACACUGCGGCCCCUGAAUCAUCACAGAAAGGUUCAAAUGGUGAGAAAGAGACAAACCAAACUCAACCCCCUUCUCUGGAAAACUCAGCUGCUGACAGACAAAGUCUGGCCACAAGGACACUAUUCAAGGUGACAAAGCAGAGUGCCGUGGCAAAGUGGAAAAGGAAGGGCAUUUCAUCCAGGGAGAAAAAGGUGACGCGCACCAUCAUGGCCAUCCUGGUUGCUUUUGUUGCCACAUGGACCCCGUACAAUGUGAUGGUCCUGAUCAACACCUUCUGCUCCAGCUGCAUCCCAAACUCACUCUGGACCAUCGGCUACUGGCUCUGCUACAUCAACAGCACCAUCAACCCAGCCUGCUACGCCCUCUGCAACGCCACCUUCAAAAACACCUUCAAGCACCUGCUCCUGUGCCAGUACAAGAACAUACGUAUAGCACGAUGAGGGCAAAAAUGCUGACUCAUGUUUUUGAUAAUCUGAUAAGUAAACUGAGAUGACACAAGUAUUGGGGUGAACAUUGUUAAAAUAUAGACCAGGUGUUUUCUUAUUGUGCACUCCAUUGCUUUUUCAAUGGUAGAACUUAUUAAAACUGCCAUUGAAAAGUUAACUGUUUUACAUUUAUAAUUGUAUUGUAAUAUAACACACUUAACUUUUAAUGAUUUCAAAAUACAUGCCAUUGUAUUAUACUUCUCAAGACAAUGCAUUGUGGUGGGAAUGCGGUUUAUUGUGAAAAGGUACAUUUGAGUGUCAGUUUGGGUUUUAUUUUGACAUGUUCCUCUUUGCUCCUCCUACACAAGCUUGUGCAGUAUGUUGUUUAAUAUUAGGGUUAUUAUAGGGUUAUUAUGCAACCUCCUUUUACCCCCAAAGUACAAUUGUGAGUAAUGUGAUGGUUUUGUGACCAAAGCAGUGAUUAUUAAAUCUAGAAAAAGUGCAAGUCUAGUAUAAGAAGAAGAUAAUAUACUAUAGAAAAAGACACUAUAUUAUUGACAUAAAUCGUUUGGGCCGACAUUGAGCUGUGACACAGGAAAUAAUCUGCCAAAGUGAAAAAUCGGUCUGAAUGAAACCUUUGCUUGAAAUUGAGUUAAGAAAAGAGAGUAGCAGCUGUAGAGUGUGUGUGUGUGUGUGUGUGUGUGUGUGUGUGUGUGUGUGUGU